GAAGUGCUUCUAUUCUUUUCUAUGUCACUGACUUGGGCAGUUCAGGAGGGAGAAGCAAGUGUUCCUAUACCGAAACCAUGAAGCAAUUACGUAAAAUAAUUAUGUGUUUAGUUAUUAUGUUGUCGACAACGCAGAGUAUUGUCGGUGAUCAAGCUGUUGUCGAGAGCGAUGUGGUUCGACUACUCGCAGAAGAUGGAUUGUUCUCAUGGGAAAAGCUGCUCAUUAAUUCUACAGCAUUUCGUACUCUAUCAUCAAAUACGCAACCCCAAAAUCCGUCGCGACUCUUUGUGAUAGAAUUUGGUAAAACUCUCGAUUAUUGCAACAACAGAAUCGAAGAGGCGGCAGUGGUGUCUGAGAGCAUGAUUAAAUAUUUCAUGGCAACCGUGAUUAGGAAAGAUAUAAAAAAUGAAACCAAUGAUAGCGUUAUGCAAUAUUCGUUCGAUGAAAGUAAAAUUAUUAAUGAGAAUUUGGUUAUAGAUGUUAAUGAGGUCAACGAUGCACCAAUUGAUUUAGAGACCAACUUUUGGCCUUCUCUUCAUGAUGUCGUAUCAGUGUUGAAAGAUGCUUGUGAUGACUUACCAUUGAAGAUCGUUGAAGCCGACAUCAGUACACGGCAAUUGCAAAAACGAAACCAAACUGUACUGGAAGACAUAAUUUCAGCCAUGACCCGUUGGACGUUGCAAUGGAGUGUUAAAGUGAGCGCUGCUGCCAACAUCUUCCUUGAGCAUUGUUUGGUUGUUAAAGAUUGCGAAGAAAAUCUAAAGCUCAUCAUGGACGUUCUAGGGAAAUCUCUGGAAUCGAAUACCUACUCUCAGAUUGUUGCUAAAUCAUCUAUCUCUAGUAAUGGGUAUGUGUCCUCCCACUCCGAUGACAUUGAUUCUGCAUCUGUCGCCGUAUCUGACGAUAGUUUUGCCCCGAAGAGAGACUUCUUCGCCUCAAUGGAGAAUAAUAUUCAGCAAACUAUUAACAAUAUUUAUAAUUUUAUAGGGUUCCGCACAGAAGAUAAAAAUGAGAAUGAUAAAAUUUCUGAAGCUGGGAGAGAAGAUCAUAAUUCACACGAGUCUAAAGACAACUACGACUCGCCUUUGGAAGCGAGUGAAGUAAUUCCGCAGUCAGGAGGUGACUCAGACCAGAAUCCGGUGUUGUCAGAGGGAGGCCAGAGACUUCUACGUCUUAUUUCUGCGUCCCUCAGCGUGCUUCAAUUCCCAUGGCAAAGCCAUCAGCAAGGCAAAGUGAUCCUGAUGAUCGAUGGAGACAAAGUGAUCAACAGAAUCCCAGAGGAAUUUUUGUCCUUCGCGCUCGAGUCCCAAUUGAUUCAGGACACCGAAGACAAGUUCAACACGAAAUCGACGAAGCUUCGUCGACUGAUGCAGCCUCUAACUAACGCCGUAUUCCGACUCGGAGGAUCAUCGGCGAACUUCCUGUUUUACGGCCCCGAUGAUGAAGAAUUGAACGAGUUCUCUGUAGCUGAGGGAAAUACUCUGCUGACUAAUUCGUAUAGAAAAGGCACGAGAAUGUCACGUCCGAAACCUGCAAUCCAGCAUGGGCCGUGGAGACGAGAUGAUAUAUUGAAUUACGAAUCGUCGGACAGUAAACCCAACAUUGAGGCUAACAAGGUCAUUUCUCGAAAUCACCCUAAAUUUUUACGUAAAAAGCACGAAAAUGACAUGAAGUCACCUAAUAGCAUCAGUGGCCAUUUGAGACACCCAAAAUUCAAGUUAGACAUUGAAGGUCCCGUUGAAGAUAAUGUGUUGAAACGCCAGCGAGAGGCGAAAAGCCUAGCCAAAGUUCCUCCCACAGCGGCAGCUGAACAUUUAAAGAUAGUGAACGGCAAUGGAUUAAAUUUUAGACCGCAUGGGCACAGACACAUCCAAUCGUGUGAAAGUCAAUCACCUCCUUUCCAGAACUUCACUAUGACAAGUGACGAUUUCGAAAACCUUCUUGAUUUGUGCCGUGACCUGAACUGGACAUUAUUGUUCGACCUGAACCAGUUCAUCAGAACUGAAGACGGAAGGUGGGAUUCCCGUGACGCUCGUCGCAUUGUAGCUGCGGCGCAGAAGUCAACCGCAUCUGUUAUUUGGCAACUCGGAAAUGAACCGAAUAACUACGCGCACAAGUUCCAAUUUAGGAUAAAUGGUACAAUGAUGGCGGAAGAUGUGGCUCUCUUACGCGACCUUCUCCCACAAGAAAAUUCCGACUCGCCGAAGAUCAGGCUCGUUGGUCCUGAUGUUACAAGGCCCCAUGUCUCUAACCUCGCCAUUAUUCCCUUGAGCAGUACCGCCGAUCACGAGAUCAGAAUGGCGAACAUCGAAGAAACUCUUCAAAACUUUACCGGUGAAAAUAUCAAAGAUGACACUGAUUCUGUGAAGUUCUUACGAGACUUUCUCACCUCUGGGCCUGGUCUCGUAGAUGCUAUCGCGUGGCACCAAUAUUACGUAUGUGGCCGCACGACUUCAGUAUCAGAAUUCCUUGAUCCUGCCACGAUGGAGCUUUUCCCUAAGCAGCUGGCGGUGGUGAAGAGGGUCAGGGACGAACUCGCGCCCCGCACUCCGCUCUGGAUCACCGAAACAGGCUCAGCGUACGGCGGUGGUGCUCCCGGCCUAAGCAACCGCUUUGUGGGAGCCUUCCUCUGGCUGGACAAACUUGGCGUGGCAGCGAGGGACGGAGUGGAUGUAGUGGCGAGACAAUCGAUCUUCGGCAAGAACUACGCGAUGCUCGACUCUAACUACGACCCUAAUCCUGAUUACUGGGUGUCUGUGCUGUUCAAGUCGCUUGUGGGCGACCGCGUGCUGGAGAUGUCAGCGCUCUCGGCGCCUGCAACGCUGAGGCUCUACGCGCACUGCAUGAAAGAGACCCAUCCUCUGCACGAGCCUGGCAGCAUCGUGGUAUUCGGAUUGAAUAGCGGCGAGGAAGCGGCCGACUUGUCCAUCACGGGGGCCGUGGGCGACACCCCGGUGCUGCAGUUCGUGCUCACCCCCGCCCUGGGUGACCUCACCGCCAGGUGGGUCGCGUGGGAUGAAGUCAUGAGGUCAUUUUCUCUCAUUCCCCGCAGAUGA